AUGGGAAGAGACAGAAAAAUAAGAGCUGUUGAAUUGAAACUUCCAAACAGAAAUACAGUUAUACGACCCAUAAACUUAUUAUAUCCUCUGAAACUGCAAGACACGAAUGAAACGAAAAUGCCUGAAGAAGAUGAAAACAAAUGUCCUAAGAGCGAAGGAAGCACGAAAGAUGAACAGGAUAUGAAAACGUCAGAAAAAAUCACUUUAGAUGAUGGACCGAUAUCAUCCAGAACAAGAAGUCACGUCACCGUCCCAGGUCUGGAGUGUCGGCAAAUAGGCAGAAGAGUAUUAAACGACGUGAAUUAUGAAAACGACGAAGAAAUUCAACGGGUGGAGAAAUACAACGGCAAGCACAAAAUUCUGGCAAUAAACAACGACGUACAAGCAAACGACAGUUACGACAUUCAACGACAAUUCAAGGAUCAAGAAGUAAAAGGGAAGAAAACAACAGUCAGCUCAACCAGUUCUACUGAUAGUACAACCGAAGCAAAGAGAAGAAACGUGAUAAGAAUAUAA